AGUCACCGUACACUUAUUUGCACAUCGAUCACGAAAUAUGUAAAAUAUUCCCAAACAUGGAUUUGUACUUGGUUUAUUGAACUUCAACACAAAUCUAUCGUAAACCCAUGUACGUCCUGUCGUAUGAGCGCUUUUAUCUAACAUUUCGUGGCAAAAAAUUGUAUAAAAUAUGCAAACAAUAUAAAAACAUUUUAAAUAUAAAAUAAUACCAAAUUAGGUCUUUUAUGUGUUCAUCAUAUUGCUAACGUUAAUUUUUAAUAAAGAUAUUUUAUUGUCAAAAUCCCUAAAAGGGCUAUGUGGAAAGCGUUGGCAAUACUUAUGUGUGUGUAUAACUUCAUAUCGAACGAAGCAGCAACGGAAUAAGCGAAAGCAAAAUUUCUGAAUUUAUAAAUGGAAAAAGUCUAGGCCUUUUGGCAAAUAAAAGUGAAAAUAUAUUAACAAACACAAAAUUUCUGUAAAUCCGUUGUUAAAUUUAUAAUAGAAAGUGCAAAAAGGUCUCGCCCAAAAAGUUCACUGCGUAAAAUAACUAAAAAUUGCGAUACAAGAAAGUGUGAAAAAAUAGACGUGAGAAGCAGAAAAUAACCAACAACCCAGGGUGUAAAAGUGAAAAUAUACAUUUCCAAUUGGAAACAUUUGUGAUUUAUAAAUCUCGGCAUAUCUUUUGGAAAGCAUACUAAUAACAGCGUAAAAAAUGGGUAAUGAAACUUCUUUACCCAUGGAGAUGUGCUCUAACUUUGAUGCCGAUGAGAUCAGACGUUUAGGCAAACGUUUCCGCAAACUCGAUUUAGAUAAUUCGGGGGCACUGAGCGUAGAUGAAUUCAUGUCUUUACCGGAAUUGCAACAAAAUCCUUUGGUGCAGCGCGUCAUCGAUAUUUUUGAUGCGGACGGUAAUGGCGAAGUCGACUUCAAGGAGUUCAUACAAGGCGUAUCACAGUUUAGUGUUAAAGGCGACAAACUAUCAAAAUUGCGUUUCGCUUUUCGUAUCUACGACAUGGAUAAUGAUGGUUACAUAUCGAAUGGUGAACUUUUUCAAGUGUUAAAAAUGAUGGUGGGCAAUAAUCUGAAAGACACACAAUUACAGCAAAUUGUUGAUAAAACUAUUUGCUUUGCCGACAAAGAUGAGGAUGGUAAAAUCUCCUUCGACGAGUUUUGCUCCGUGGUCGGUAACACUGAUAUACACAAAAAAAUGGUUGUUGACGUUUAAGGUCGCUUUCUGAGAACACUAUUAAUGCUACACUUUAUAUAAUACCAAUAUAUUUUAUAUGAAUUUAAACAUUUGUACUUUGGAAACUAUUUUAAAUUGUUCUUAUUAUUUAUUUUGAUAAAUCUCGAAAUAAUUGUACACACAUUUUUUAAACAUACUAGUAUUUUUUUUAAAUAGUUAUGUUGAAUAUCUUUUCAAAGUUGCUUAAAGAAUAUUAACGUGUUUAUAUAAAAUGUUUAUGCCAAACAUAAGGUUUGUUAACAACAAACAAAAACUGUUAAUAAAUAUUGCAAUGAAGGCAUUGAAAAGAGCACCAUAUGCAUAUAUAUAGAGUAUAAUUUUAACUAAAUUUCAUAAACUAAAACAAAUCAUAGUGAAUACAAUAAAUAAAAGCAUUACAAACUUCUGAAAAAAAAAUUAAACACGAAAAUUCGACUUGUUAAGUUAUAAACUAAACUGAGCAUAAUUACUUAUUGCUAAUUAGUAAAAUUCCAUAAUUGAAAAAGGAAAGGUUCAAAGUCAUAACCAAGAAAAUAUGCCAGAAUCAUCACCAUAUUGUAACAAAUAACAAGCAAGCACACAUACUUACAUACAUGUAUAUGCAUAUAAAGCCAAAAAAUCUAAAUUGUAUAUUAUGUUGCACCUAGAGCAAUUAAAGCUAUAAUGUUUCUAAGAAAAUGUGCAAUAUCAUACAUUAGUAUUUUAUUAGAAAAAUUUGAAUGAACCGUUAUAAUUAUGAAAAUCAUAUAAAUCUCAACUUGUAAUUCAGUUAUAUUUUGAAGUUGUUUUCGAACCUUUUUUCAGGCUCAUUUUUCAAUAUAUAUAUAUUUUUUACAAACUAGCUAGUCAAAUAUAUUUCUGUUAAUAAAAAAAUUGAGAAUCAUAUUUAUUGCAGAUUCAUAUAGGUCAAAAAUCACACAUCACAUGCCACUCAAAAGAUUGGAGUAAUCAAUUUUUUUUUUAAUUCUAUUAAUUUUACGUUACUUUUAUUCUUUAAAUAAACAAUAAAAUCUAGAUUUGUUCAACAAUUUAUUUUUGUGCCAUGCUAACAUUUGCAAAUUAGUUAUAUAUAUAUAUAUAUACAUUUCAUGAAUUUGUGUCAAACCUCGCACGGUAUAAAGAAAGCUGCAGUUAACUGAGCAAAAGUAUAUUUCAUUUCAAAAUAUUGCUAUACCUUUUCUUUAAAUAAAUUCUUUCAGUGCUGUUAUUUUUCCAUAUUAUAUAUUAUAUUAUAUUAUUUUUAUUCAUCGUUUUAAUUUAAUAUAAUAUAAUAUAUUAUUUUUUAUUGAAUUUAAUUUUUUUUUUAUAAAAUUUGUUUUAAUUUAUAUAUUUUAAAUCAUUUUCAAUACAACCAAAUAUUACAUAAUUUUGAAAACUACCUUAUGUUUUAACUAAUUAUACCUUGGUGUGCUUUUAAUAUGUGCAAAAAUAUUGUUUUGUUAACUAAAUAUAUUUGUAAUCUAAUUACUUUUCUUUUCAAAUGGUUAAAACUUUAAACAAUAAAAAAUUUCAAAGCAAAGUGGAAAAGUGUGCUUAAGUACAUGGCGAAGUUACGCAUUAAGCGUUUAAAAACGAAAAUAACACAAUCUCUUGCAAUAUUAUAUGAAUAUUAUAUAAAGAAAAAAAAAAAGAAAUUAAAAGCAAAUAAAAUACUUACUGAACAUCCUUUUAGCUUUUGUUAAGUACAUACAUACUUUGUAGCGAAUAUAUAAUUAAUAUAAGCGCUAAAAUGGCAAAUUGCAAAAAGUCUUUUAUGGAGUUUAAUAGCGAAAACUUGUAAGAAAUGUAAUUGCCAUAAUUUUUUCUUAAUGCAAAUGGAAUUAGAUAAAGAUAUAAUAAAUUGUAGCAAAAUAAACAAAUUUCUAAAACUAAGAUAUUAUCAAGAAAAAUGUGAAAUUUUCAAAACCUACAUGUUUUUAACAUACAUACAUAUAUAUCAUUCAGCGCCAUAUGAAGAGUAUGACAGAUCCGUUAUUUAUUUAUUUAUUUUUUAACUUGGUUUAUCGGUUUAUAAAAAUAUAAUGUUAUGUUUAAUACGUUUUUAUAUGCGAAGCUUACUUGUUUCACGUGAACUUUGCAUCUGUCGUUUAAAUAAAGGCAAUACUACUUAAAUGAGUUUCAACACAUUUUUUAGUAUAUUAAGAAAAAAUGUAUUUAUUUCGUUUUACAAAACUAUUUCUGCCUUAACAUCAUGAAUCUGAAAAUCAAACAAUAAAAUUUCACACCAAUCUUAAUGCUAAUUGCAACCUUUUAAGUGCGAGUGAUGGGUAUAAACAAAUAUUAAAAGCAAAAAGAAAAAAUUAAUUAAUUAAAAACAAAAAACAUAACCUACGUAUAAAAUAAACUUAAAACUGAAUUAUGCACAUUGUAAAAGUACACAUGAUAAUCUUUUUCUAAUGUACGUGGAAAAAGCACUUUAACUAUUAAUUAUUAAACAAAACAAACAGAAAAACAACAUAAUAAAAUAAUUGAAUUGAAAAUUUAGUAUUUAAGUAAAUCCCAAAAGUCAUUGAAGCAGGUGGUUGUAAUGCAACGCAUUGGCAUAUAUUCGUGGUCAAAGUUUUGGCGACUCUGGAUGCUGUUUUUGUUAUAAUUACUGUUUUUUUUACCGUGAAUAUGUGCUAAACAUUAGUACGUGGAAAACAACGGGAAAGAAAACGGUGAAAUAUAUAAGUGUACUAUGCCUCAACACCCAGUAGUAAAUAACGACGCGUUUCAUAAUAUGUUUGCAUUUUUUUUUAAAUAACAAGUUUGAACUCCCUCUUUAAUAUACUCUCCACCCACGUAUGUACCUUCUACAACGCACUCUGUCUUUUUCACAUUAUCUUUUUCUAGUUUUCUCUUACUACCUCUCUUUCAUACACCCUCUACUUAAAACCUUUAACUAUUCCUCCCUAGCACAUGCCAAAAUAAAAUAAAAAUUAUAAAUUUUGACAUUUUUGCACUUUGCAAUUUUACAAGUUAACUUAAACUUUAUUAAAAAUAAUUAUAAAUAUAAGUAUAUACAUACAUAUGUAUGACAACGGUAUAUAGAGUGCAACAAAAUUGAGAAGGACAAAGAAAGUCAUGACUUUGUAUUGUCUUAACAGAACAUUAAAUAAAAUAUACGGAUAUGCUAUAUACAUAU